CGACAAUACAGCGUUUCUUACCCUUCAACUCCAGAUCUUUCCCCCUUUUCUUUCAACACACAGAGCUCAAGAUGGGCAAGUCACUAGCAGUCGCCAAGAAGGGGGAGACCUCAGUGGUGCCGAUUUCUUCGGAGCAGACCCUCAAAGCCUCAAAAGCCCUUCUGUCACAUAUGCAAAAGGCUGCCAAGGAAGCAGCCGCAUCCGCCGACAAGAAGAACCUUCUCGAAGAGUCCACCGAGGCCGAGACACCCAUCUGGUUGACGGCGACGACAAAGCGUAACGUACGCGAUACCAACAAGCUCAAACCUGGCCGUGUCACACUCCCGCACCCGCUCAACCGGACGGACCCCGAGACUACCAUCUGCCUGAUCGUCGCGGACCCGCAGCGCUUCUACAAGGACGUUGUCGCCAGCGAGGAGUUCCCCGAGGCCCUGGGCAAGCGCAUCACGAGGGUCGUUGACCUGAAGCACCUCCAGGCCAAGUUCAAGACGUUCGAGGCGCAGAGGAAGCUAUUCUCGGAGCACGAUGUGUUCCUGGCCGACGACAGGAUCGUCAACAGGUUGCCUAAGGCCCUGGGCAAGACCUUUUUCAAGACUACGGCCAAGCGUCCUGUUCCAGUGAAGCUGCACCGGCCGGACAAGAAGGCCGACGGCGCCAAGUCCACUCCGGGGCAGAAGAAGGCUCAGAAGGAGCAGGGCAGCAGCGUGAAGCACGCCAAAUCGGCGGGUGAGAUGGCCAAGGAAAUCGAGGCUGCCGUCGGCGCGGCACUCGUGCACCUCACCCAGACCACCAACACGGCUGUCAAGAUCGGAUACGCGGCCUUCACACCGCAGCAGAUCGCCGAGAACGCCGAGACGGUGGUCACCGCGCUUGUGGAGAAGUUCAUCCCGCGCGGUAUUGACAACCUGCGCGCCGUGUACCUCAAGGGACCCGAGACGGCGGCUCUGCCCAUCUGGCAGACAGAGGAGCUGUGGCUGGACGGAGACAAGGAUGUCCUUGCCGAGGGGUCGGAGGAGCUCAAGGCGCUCGAGGAGAAGAAGGAGAAGGCCAACGUAGGCAAGAAGAGGAAGGCACCCGCUGCUGAUGAGCAGGUGAAGGAGGAGGAGGAGGAGAAGGCUGAUGCCGCGACCGAAGUGGAGAAGCCGGCCAAGAAGAAGAGCAAAAAGGCAAAGGUGGAUGCAGAGAGCAACGAUGCCAAGCUGGACGCUCAGAUCAAGGAGAGGAAGGAGAAGCUGAAGAAGCAGAAGAAGGCGGCCAAGGCGGCCAUGGAGGAAUGAGUGUGCAAAAUGAUGGUCUUUGAGGGUCUUGUGAUGUGCAUUUGCCGGCGUUUGGGAGUCUUUAGGUACAAAAGGUCACACUUGAUACGUUUGUCAUAUUCCACGAAAAAAAAACUGAUUCAUAUGCACGCAGUUAGUCUAUUCCUAGCAUGCGCCACCAAUUGGGGAUUUAAAGAUCCGGGCAGUCUUGAUUGCUCGGAUCCUUUCUCGAUUCAUCGAGACUAAACGGCAGUAGCAUGUUGGCGUACCAUCUAGUUCUAGUGUCUUAAUUCUUUUCUUUUCGUCUUUUAUCCCCG